AUGAGAGUGUCAAACAACUUUGAAAGGCAUAACUCCAAUAAUACAGCUGCUGCUAACAUUAGAAACAAGCCUAGCCACACCAAUCCUAACCAGACUAUCACUCAAAAUAAGCCUCCUAGUACUAAUUUACCCACCCCUCCUAACCCUGUCAUCCCUCACACUUUAGCUACCAAGUUGAGAGCUCAAGAGGCUAUGAAAGCUGAUGAUAUUGAUAUUACCCCUCCUAAAAUCACAAUAAAACAAGGAUAUCCUGCUGUGGUCUUAUUCUUGGACUUGGCCACUUACAAGAAAACAAGGGGUAGUGUAGCCAAAGUCAAAAUCCAAAUUGAUCUAACCAAACAAAGACCCCAACACAUUUGGAUGGGCUUUGAUGAAGAUGAAAAUGGAGAUGGCAGGUGGCAAUCUAUUCAAUAUGAGGGAGUGCCAGACUACUGUACUUACUGCAAACAUCAAGGUCACACCAUACAUGCUUGUACUGUUAAAAGAAGAGAUGAUGACAAUAAGAAAAAGAAUGAGCAAGAAGAGGAGACCAGAAACACAGACAAAACCAUCACUGAUAAGAGAAAUGCCCUGCACCAUGCUACUGAUCAGCACAAGAGAAGAGGCAAGAAAGAUAUUCAGCACAACCAAGGUAUCAGAACCACAGGAGCUCAAGCUAAAGGCAAAUAUGUUCCAGUACAUCAGAACAAUAAUGGCCCAGGUAAGAUUCUUACUUCUAAUGUUACUUCUAACAAUUAUGCUGAUCUUGUCCCACAAGAUCAGCCCACUAACCAUGUCCAGCAGAACCAUGGAAAACACCACCAACAACAUACACAACAGCAUAAAACACAAGGCUUCAUGUUACUUGGAGAAAGUUCUGUACCUCUCCAACAUAACACUAACAGCAACCAUCAAAGGAAAAAUCAGCAGCAAGCAGAAGAAGAUGAGCUCAGAAGCAACAAUCUCAAUGAUACAGUUCAGGGUAAUAUGACUAAUAUUCAGGUCAACAAGGGUCAGAGGCAACAAACUGAGGUACUGGUUACUGAACAAAAUAUGGGAGAGGACCAAACUCCUAAUAUCAGGCAACCAAGUGGGAACUAUGCUCUGGUUCCAGAACAAUCAGGUAUUCAUGUGACCCCUCUGCAAACAGAAGAUACAUCCAAUGAAAUUCAGGCCACACCUCUCCAAAUUCAUGAUUUAUCCAAUGAGAGGCAGGUGCUUAGUAAAGAAGACAGUUCAGAAGACUUGUCUGAUGAAUAUAGGGUCACUCAUUCUGAAGAUGAGGAAGAUCCUAACCAGUGGGAGGAUGAACAAUAG